GGAAUAGGAACAAGUAAAAGUGUGCGUUUCGGUUUUUAUAUUGCUGCUCGUUUUUUUGAGCCGUGGCAUAGCUUCUCGCUAUACAGCCACUCUGGUGUGCGCGAGAAUUCCAGAAGUGAAGGGAGCGAUAAUAUAUUUCAUGACAGCUGCAACCUGCAUAGUAUUAUGUGCAUGGCUCAUGAAAGUUCCUCCCUGAAUGUUAUGUGCACACUGGAGGUAGAAGAGCAAAGCAUGGCCUGGUGAGGGAAACGCCUUCCGCCUUGAUGAAUGGCUCAGAGGUGUGGGAUGGCGGAGGUGCGGCUCUGCAGGUGCACGGUGAGGAGCAGACAGCCUGCCUGGAGCAGUGUCACAGUGCGGCUGGCGUUCCCCAGGAGCAGGCGGAGGAGGGGGAGGAGGGGCAAGUCGUCCAGGAGAAAGACCGGGAGAGGGUGACCGCUGAAACUCAGGAGUCACAGAGUGAGGAGGAGAAGGAAGCCGCCGUGGGGGAACCGAAGCGCGGAAGUGAUGAGGAGAUCCUGGAGGAGAAGAAAGGGGAGGAGGUACGGGAGGUGGGGAGUCCUUCGGCUGAAGGGAACAGGAAAAGGGAGUGGAAAGAUGAGGACGAGGGAGGCGUGAAGCAGUCGGAGGAGUUUGGGGCGGCACAGGCCCAGGUGUCUGAGAAGGAGGACCUGCCACAGACGGGGGAGACAGAGGAGCCGGAACUGAAGCGAGGGGCUCCUGCAGGACCAGGAGGCCUGGACUCUGACACGGGGACAGGGUCUGCUGAGGUUGACCUCAGUCAGGGGAUAUCCAGCUCUGUGCUGGACCUAAGUGCCCUCCUUUCUGAGACUAAUGUGCAACCCUGGGAAAACUUAGCCCAGCCCCUGUACACUGGCUGGCAUUUCCCCACAGGCUCUGGGUUGGGUGAGGUGGUCCACUGCCCAUCUUGGCAGUUUUCUGGAAUGAGCUACUACCCUCAGCAAGAAACAACAACCUUUGAAGUGGUGUGGAGGGUGUGGGAGAACCUGUCUGAGCCCCACACUGAGUUGGAACCUGACCAGGGAGCUGGAUUGGGUCCCCGGGCGCCGUUCAAAUUCACGGUCAUGUCCUACAACAUCCUUGCUCAGGACCUGCUGGAGGCCAACGCAGAACUGUACCAACACUGCGCCCCAGAGGUGCUGGCCUGGGAGUUCCGCUUCCAGAACAUCCUGAGAGAGUUUGUCAAAUGGGAUCCUGAUAUUCUGUGCCUUCAGGAAGUCCAGGAGAACCACUAUAAUGAGCAGCUCCACCCUGCCCUGUCUGACCUGGGUUAUGCCUGCGUUUACAAGAAGCGCACCGGCACCAAGACGGACGGAUGCGCCAUCUGUUACCGGAGGACACGGUUCUCCCAGCUGUCUCUGAGGGUGGUGGAGUACCGCAGGCCCCAGGCGGAGAUGCUGGACAGGGACAACGUGGGCCUGGUGCUGCUUCUUCAGCCCAUCAGUCUCCAGGGUUCAGACGUCACAGUGCUGGGCUCGCCCGUCUGUGUGGCCAACACACACCUACUGUUCAACCCUAGAAGGGGCGAUGUGAAGGUGGCCCAGCUCGCCAUACUGUUGGCAGAGAUCGACCUGACGAUGAAGAGCUUGCCGGUUAAGGGGGCUGGUUUCCCUGUCAUUCUGUGUGGAGAUUUUAACUCGGUUCCCAACAUGCCCCUCUACAACUUUAUCACCACCGGUCAGCUGUACUACCAUGGGAUGCCAGCCUGGAUGAUAUCUGGUCAGGAGGACUUGUCUUAUAAAAUGCACCCUCGGAGGUUGUUCGCCCCCUUGUGGCCAAGCACCCUUGGUAUCGCUGACACCUGCCAGUAUGCGUCAGAAGGUAGAACGGACAGACAGGAAUCAGGGAAAAUCCGUUACGAUCACAAGUUCCUCCUCGGGCUGCGUUUCUGUGAGGCUGCUCUGAUUCGCCCCGAGAACCUGCAGCUGUUACCAGGUGUGACAGAUGCCAGCCCAGCUUCUUUGCUUCCUCUAGACCCACCGGAGAAACAGCCACACAUCCCAAGGUUUAGAAACACUAUUCGCCAUGGCUUAAAACUGAAGUCAGCCUACAGCCACUUUAAUGUUGACACCAACAGGCUGGAAGUCACCACCCUGCACCCAGACUUUGGGGCAACAGUGGACUACAUCUUCUACUCCAACAGGCCUCGAGGUAUCAGCCACCGGCAGUAUGGGGGCCUAAAGUUGCUUGGCCGCCUUGCCCUCCUGUCACAGGAAGACCUCUGGCCAAUGAACGGACUGCCUAAUGAGAUCUUCUCCUCAGACCAUCUGUGUCUCUUGGCAAAGUUUCAGCUGGACCCCAACCACGUGUGAUGUCCACCUGGGUCUUUGGCCAUUUGGAGGGAGAUGAGAGUUAACAGUGUUCUCAUUCAAGUUUUUACAUCCAGUUCCAGUUCAGAUGGUUAAAUAUCAAGCCUCAAGUGUUUAAUAGUGAACAGUUGAGUGCUUAUAUAUGGAAAAGAGCAGACAUUUCCAAUUAUCUAAGAUGUGCAGAUGACCAGGACCGGUCAUUUUGUUUUCUGAAUAAGGCUCAUAUUGGUUUUUACCAGAGGCAGAACUUUCUUUUAGAUUUUCUGUUUGCAUGUGACAAGAACUGAGCCAAGGCUGAAUUGCCCUGUAGUAUUUCGAUUUUUCUGUAGCUGCAUUAAUGCCUUGAGAUACGUUAAGGCAAAUUGUAUGGAAGGGGCUUGAACUCAAUACUUUUAAAUUUAAAACAAACAUUGAAUUAUUUUACUUGCAGUGCAUUGCUAUCUUGUCCCAAGUUGCUUUUGUUUCGGUUGGUGUUUGGUGUUUUGGGAGAAGUAUGGAGGGGAAGUGUUCACUGCAGGAAACAGACUCAAGACUGACCGGCUACUUCCUGUGGCCAAAAUAAACCUCCACUGAGAGUAUAAUUGAACUGUGAAAUGACAACAUCCACCUCACGGUAUUUCUGUUUUUUAUUGAAACCCCUUCUCCCUCAUGUUGAGUUCUUAUUACUGAAACUAAUUUUCAGUGGCAGGAAAUGUACCAAGUAAAUAUUUUGUAUAAACUGUGAAUAAUAAGGCAUAUUUUUAUUCGAGUAUUAAUGCUGAAAGCAUGUCAGCUGGCUUGUGAAAGCUCAGUAUGCAGUGUGUGUUUUUUUGGGUUUUUCAGUCGCAACGCAUAUUGAAAAUAAAAUAAUAAAUGAUGCCCUCUCCAA